CAGACAGUGAAAGGCUGUUCCGCCGCUGACGUCACUCCCUCCCUCGCUUCUCUUGUCACCGUGUGUUUAUCUGGAGGAGAUCCCCAUUUUGUCGCCUCCUUUAUGCUUUUUUCUCCCCUUUUUUAAUUUAUAUUCCCCCGAAUGCUCCGUUUUCCGGGUGGUUGGAGCACGUUUCGGAGCUCCGGCGACUGUCCGCGGAGGGGGGGCCGGGAACGGGGGCCCGGAGGGCGGACUGGCCCGGGAGGAAGAGCCGCAGCCGGAGCUGGAGCUGGAGCUGGAGGCAGCAGCACAGCCGCACUCCCUCAUUGAUUUAUCUUUUCCUCUUUUUUUAUUUUAUUUUAUUUUAUUUCCAGGGCUGGGCCCCCAGAAAUGCCGUCUCAGCUGUUUUCUGCGGUUUGACUUUCACCCCCCCCUUUUUUUAUUCCUCAGUGAGCUGGUUUAAUCUCAGUCUUUUACCCUCUGUGGGUUUCUUUUCUUUCUUUUCUCACCUGAAAAGGAUGACUUGGCUAAAAGUGAACCAUUGAAAACUGUUUUUUCCUUUUUCCCCCCCUUUUUUUUGGUGUGUUGUUGUUUUGAACCCAUUCAAUGUCUGAAGAAAUGAUAAGGUAGCGCCUGGAAGUGAAAAUCCGACUAGGAGGUGGAUGGGUGGUGGGGUUUGGGGGUUAUUUUUGAUUUAUUCAUACAGGACAGAGAUGAGGUGGAUGUAGUUAGUAGGGUUGUUGUUUUUUUACGCUGGAUCACCAUAGGUGAUCCGUGCUGCCUUCACGGACCGUGACGAUGAGGAAUUUGUGAGAAGCGAAGCUGCUUUUUUGUUUUGUUUUCUUUUUUUUCCUCCUCCUCUCAUACGCCAGACUUGUCUGGCUGUUUGAGGAAAAAAAAAACAAAAAAAAAAACAACCAAAGUGUGGACAGGAGCCCUUAGAGGACUUGUAUUUAUCUCUUGGAGGCUCAGGAACCAGAAUGUCUUUACGCACGGCCUUGCCUGGGAACGAGCGGAACCCGGACCACCACGCCUCCCUGUCGGCCAGCCGGUCCGAGAAGGGCACGGGCUGGUCGAGCCGCUCGCUCGGCGCCAGAUGUCGGAACUCCAUCGCCUUGUGUUCGGACGAGCACCCGCACAUCGGGAACUACCGGCUGCUCAAAACCAUCGGGAAGGGCAACUUCGCCAAGGUCAAGCUGGCGCGCCACAUCCUGACCGGCCGGGAGGUUGCAAUAAAGAUCAUCGAUAAAUUACAACUCAACCCAACCAGCUUACAGAAGCUGUUUCGGGAGGUACGCAUCAUGAAGACUCUCCACCAUCCCAACAUAGUUCAGUUGUUUGAGGUGAUUGAGACGGAGAAGACGCUCUACCUGGUCAUGGAGUACGCCAGCGGAGGCGAAGUGUUCGACUACCUCGUGGCUCACGGCAGAAUGAAGGAGAAAGAGGCCAGAGCCAAGUUCAGACAGAUUGUCUCGGCUGUGCACUACUGCCACCAGAAGAAUAUUGUCCACAGAGACUUGAAGGCGGAGAACCUGCUACUGGACGCCGACUCCAACAUCAAAAUAGCCGACUUCGGCUUCAGCAACGAGUUCACGGAGGGCAGCAAGCUGGACACGUUCUGCGGCUCGCCGCCCUACGCCGCGCCCGAGCUCUUCCAGGGGAAGAAGUACGACGGGCCGGAGGUGGACGUGUGGAGCCUGGGAGUCAUCCUGUACACGCUGGUCAGCGGAUCGCUGCCCUUCGACGGACAGAACCUGAAGGAGCUGCGGGAGCGAGUCCUGCGGGGGAAAUACCGCGUGCCCUUCUACAUGUCCACGGACUGCGAGGGAAUCCUGCGCCGCUUCCUGGUCAUGAACCCCGCUAAGCGCUGCUCGCUGGAGCAAAUAAUGAAAGACAAGUGGAUCAACACAGGCUACGAUGGCGAGGACCUGAAGCCCUACACGGAGCCGGGGGAGGACUUCCACGACACCAGCCGCAUCGAUGUGAUGGUGGGGAUGGGCUUCGAGAGGCAGUCGGUCGUGGACUCGCUGGUCAAACACAAGUACGAUGAUGUCACUGCCACGUACCUGCUGCUGGGGCGCAAGAACGAGACGGAGGCGCCCGAGUCUCGGUCCGGCAGCAGCCUGAGUCUGGCCCGGGUCCGAACCGGCGGCAUCUCUAACGGGACGAGCAAGCACUCCACCUCGUCCUCCUCCUCCAGCGGCCCGUCCUCCUCGUCGGGCCACAAGGCGCAGCGCAGCGCCUCCACGUACCACCGGCAGAGACGGCACUCCGACUUCUGCGGUCCAGCAGCGCCGGGGGCCGCGCACCCCAAGAGGAGCCCCAGCGGCGUCGGCGUGGCAACGGAUGCUAAGGAGGAGCGGCUGUCCAUCCGGAAGCCCAGCGGCGCCGUCGGGGGAUCCCGCAGCAUCCCCACCCCCUCCAGCCCCAUGGUCAGCUCCGCCCACAACCCCAACAAGGCCGAGAUCCCCGACCGACGCAAGGACGCCAGCUCCACCACGAACAACAUCCCUGCCAGCGCCAUGACUCGGAGGAACACGUACGUUUGCACGGACCGGUCCAACGCCGAGAGACACUCGCUGCUGCAGAACGGCAAAGAAAACAGCACCUUGUCCCACCGCCUGCCGCCCGCCUCGCCCUCCACCCACAGCAUCGCCGGCGCCUCCGGCUCCUCCUCCUCCUCGUCCACGCCUUCGUCCCGCCUCUCCAGGGGCUCCACGGUGAGGAGCACCUUCCACGGGGGGCAGCUCCGGGACCGCCGGCCUACCUCCCACGCCCCCCCGGCCUCCCCCACGCUGUCCCACGACGCCAGCCCGCUGCCUCACGCCCGCACCCGGCCCACCAGCAACCUCCUGAGCAAGAUCACCUCCAAGCUGACCCGCAGGGUCACUCUUGACCCGUCUAAACGUCAGAGCUCAAACAAGUCCAUGUCGGGCUGCACCCUCCCUCAGGGGACAAAAACAGUUAACGAAUCUGAGAGAAUCAGCAGAUCUCCGGUCACAAGUCGCCAUCUAUCUGGGCAUCAGAAAGCGGCCGAGCCCCGGACCCCCCGAUGCGGCUGGGAUGUGAGGGUGCGCAGCCCCCGCGACCCGGCCGAGGUGGUGCUGGCGCUGCGCGAGGCGGCGCAGGGCUGCGGCUGCCAGGUCCACCUGGCCGGGCCCUUCCUCCUGUCCUGCACGCACGGCGCGGCCGGCGCCCGCGUGGCCUUCGAGGCCGAGGUCUGCCAGCUGCCCAGCGGGCUGGGCCACAGCAGCGGCGUGAGGUUCAAGCGCCUGUGGGGGGCGCCGCUGGCCUUCAGAGACAUCGCCACCAAAGUGUCCAAGGAGCUGGAGCUCUGAGGGCGAGCGGAGGUGGGGGUCGGGACGGACUGAGCGGAGAGGAGGAGGAUGAGGAGGAGGAGGAGGAGUGGUUCUCUCCUCCUCCUCGGGCUCCACCUCCUCCAGCGCGGCUGGCGACGCCUCACCUCCACUGAAAGACCUUCUGGUUCCACCGAUCACAGCCGGUCAGACGGACGGACGCGCCGCCGUCGACAGACUUCUGAUGGCCCUUGAGUUUGGAGCUGCCUGUGACCUACGACCCCUGCUCGAGCACACGCCGCCCCCUCCGUCUGGUUUUCACCAGUUCACGACGAAGAGCGAUACAUCCGUGGUUACUCCUGUUCUGUUACGUCUGUCAUCAUUCCUUCUUCUUUUCUUUUUUUUUUAAAGCUGCUAUUUAAAGAAGUUUUUAUUUUUUGUGUGUGUUAAGUUCAUGUUCUCUCUUUAGUGCUUUUAAAAAACGCGUUGACGGCCGUCGCCAUUAUCGGACGUCGCGUUAAGAGUGAGACGUCCGGCUUCUGGAGGGAGACAUGCAGAGACGGACGGAGCGGAGCGUCAAGACGAACUUCUGCCUCGUCGAUAACGAAACUCACGCUCAGACCGCUGGCUUGUGUUUCUGCUGCCGGGUAGCACGACUUCUGUUGAUCCUCCAUUUCAGCUACCGCUAAAGAAAAUAGGAAUAAUUAACCUUCAGACGUAGCAGGAGUUUUACGACGUUGCACCUGAAGAAAAUCGGCCAAUAACAACCACAAUAUAUACCACUGAAACACUCGUAGUAAAUAUGAAGGUUCAAUUUAAACUCAGUUGUUACCGGCCCUGGAGCUAAUUAAAUAAAUAAAAAUAAAUCUCCAACAUUGUUUGGGAACAAAAACAACCUUUUAUUUUCCUUAAUUAUCAUUAUCUGAUAUUAUUUAAUGUCUUCUUGAUCAUAAGGAGGAUUUCUCGCUUCUGCUGCUUCAUGAUAGAUGAAGUGUCCGUCAGUGUGAUUGACAGCCGUCGUCCUGUUAGCACUUUACCGCCACGCCGCCCGUGGAGCGCAACGCAGCCCCAACCAAGACUUGAAUCAGCAUUAAUUAGGACUUAAGGCUCCUGUUCUGGUUCCUUUUUUAUUAUUUUGAUAUUUGGUUGUAUGCUUUUGAAAUUGAUUGAGCACUUUUUUAUUUUUUGUUUGCCGGUUUUUCAUUGAGUUGAACUGGCAGUUUUUGUUGUUUUUUUUUUUUUUUCUAAAGUGAAAAAAAAAACACCCAAAAAUAAUUAUAACUACAUUUUGGAAACGUUUUUCAUUUUGAUAAUAUGCGCUUAGCAACCAACAGCAGCGCCUUGACUGGAACUAAAUGUGCCAUCAAGUUUAAGUGAAGCCUCGAGAUUGAAUUUGGAAACUAAAGUAAAAAUAGAAAUGUUUUUCUUUUAUAAAAUGUUACAGAAUUGGGAUUUUGUUCAGCCAGGGAUUUUUUAUUUGUAUUUUAUUCCUGUUUGUGACCUCAGAAACACUUGACAUAGAAACUGCUUCGACCAUUGACCAAUCAGAGUAAAGCAUUUCUGCGCCGGCGCGCGCUUUAUGACUGUUAACCCUUCAACCACCGCGUCAUCACGCCUAGUGAAGCCGAAGCCGCAUCCCUGUAGUGACGAGGCAGGUGGGAUCGAAAUGUGAUAACACACUCCGACAACCAACUCCCAACUCCACAGACAUCUCCAAAAUCAAAAGGUCCAUCGUACUUUUACUGCGAGUCUAAACCCGAGCGACCGGAGCUGCAGCAUCUAACCAAACACUGAAGUGGGAAAGAUGGAAGUUUGUGACCUUUUCUGCAGGGUUUGUCCAUUUCAUGGGAAAUUCCAGGUGUCCGCCACUGUUUGAAAAUGUGAAGCUGUGAUUUAGGGAUAGUUAUGCAAUUUCUUUCUCUCUCUCUCUCUCUUUUAUUUUUUGAAAUGUGUUUGCAACGCGGGGCCCUCACCCUGCCGAGGCUGCUCUCUAGAUGUGGCUAGAGCCAAACUUUAAGGCUACAGUUCUGUUGUGUAGUGUAUUUGAAGCUGUCACUGUUAAUCAAUAAAACCUAACGUCUGGGCUGAAGUAACAGAAACGAUCGAGCUGCAGUCCUGCAUGUCUCCUUGGAAAUGAUGACAUAAAAAUAAAGACUUUCACCCUCUUUCA